AUGUUACUGGUUGUGAUUGCAACGAUUUCGAAAGAUCUCAAGCCAAAUCCACGACUGAAGGAAGAAGUUGAAUGGAUCGAAAUGGCAGUCAAUGCUUUCGCCGAGGCCAUCCCCAAUCAUGACUGGGAAAAGCAGGGCCACCGUGACGUUACCAGAAGCGCCUCUCAGACGAUGCAGCUACUGGUAAACCGCCUUCACCCGCUGAUUACAAGUAUCCAGGAUGGCUUUCCAACAGAUCCGUUCCUGAUGAACCUCGAAGGAGGCAAGCUUGACUGGAUUGUUCGCACUUCGGAACAGAUUCUCAACUCGUUUGAAGGCCAACGACACUAUGAGUAA